CAGGAGUUGGAGGCUUCUUUUUGCGGAGCUAGGGAAAUUCGAGAUUUAGGGCUUUCUCACUUGCCGCUUCCUUUCUUCCUUUCUCAGUUUCUGGGCGAAGCUGGCGUUUCGCCCACGAGAAUGCUUCCUGCUGACACUGAUUGUGACAGCAUUGAGCGGGAUUGAGCAGGGUACAGCAUUGCCGUUCCAGAAAACACUGUUGCUAACGAUGGCGCCAAGCACUGCCACUGGUUCAAGGGGUUGUUUCAGCGGUUGCCUGCUGGACCUCCCGGAGGCGAUUCUCUUGAAGAUCCUGAAUCAUCUGCCAGCCACCGCAGAACAAGUCUUCAAGUAUCGGGGAGUCUGCAAGCAACUCAGGACUCUUUCCAAACAGAUUGAAAAGCUGCAGGUCAGUGUCGCAGAGAACAUCGACCUUUCAUCAGAGGGGACAUUGGAAGCGUUCUUCGACGCACUGAUGAGGGAGCUACCCUCGGUGGAGAAGCUACAUUUUGAGGGGAAAAAAGGUCGGGAGAUUGGUCUUCAUGACCUGGAAAUGCUGGCAGGAGGCUGGCCUCAACUUGAAAUGUUAGAAGUCCCAAAUUUGGCAAUCCUAACAGGGCCAGGAGGUACCCUUUUACAGACGCUAAGAGCAUUGUCGCACUUGAAAGUAGGCACGUUUUGGACUAGAUAUCCCUUCAAUCUGCUUCUCCAAGUUGCCUGCCCUAACCUGGUAUACCUGGAGAUUGGCGUGCUUGAGGUGGAUACCACGGGACUGCUCAUGGAGGGUACAUCCUUGAAGACACUUGUCAUUGAACAAGUUGUCUUGAUUGAUGGGGAACCGCUUGAGAUCUUGACUCUUAACAUGCCAGAGCUGGAGACGCUGAUCCUGCAGAACUUCAAUGGAACUCUCAAGGUAGAGACCCCGCAGAUGCUCAAGAACCUUCGGCUUUGCCCCGGGGUUGUUCUUGAAGCUGCAUCAAGGAGAGACUUUAAAUCCAUAGAGGACUUAUCCAUAGGUCCCAUAUCUGGUUACUUCGAAGAACCAGAAGAUGACGAGAUCAUAGUCUGGGCCCCCAUUUUACACCAGGUGGUGCACCCUUUUCCAAGAUUGAAAGUUCUGGAUCUCCGCUGGCCCCGGUGGUGUCUGAUCGAUGGUCACUCGGAGCUCUACUCCGGUGUCAAGGACUACGCUGGCGAGCAGAUCUGCAUAAGCCAAUGUUUCAAAACGCUGCGGCGCUUGGAGCAGCUGACAAUGGACGUUGCCGUCUUUGAGAUCUUCACCGCAACCCCCGGAUGCUGGGUGCAUCAACACCAGAUGCCGCGCCUCGAGACCUUGUGCUUAGCUUUGCCGCACCCCCUGACGGGGCGGUGUUUCAAGACCUUCCUUUGGCUCGUGAGCAAUGCGCCGCUCUUGAAGAGGCUCGAGUUGCAUCUAGGGGAGUUUGUGCAAAGGGACAUGGUGGUGUGGCUGAUGGCGGCGCCCACAAAGUACCCGCUGCUCCAGAUCGUGACCCCGCAAUUCCCAGUGGAACCAAACGUGUUGGAGUUCCACAAGCUGUUCGACAGCAAUCGGUUUCGGGAUUGACCAUGUCAGCCAGCCUCAUUGGAACCUCUCGAAUAGUUGCUUGGCAAAUACGAGCGAGCAUCGGGUGCAUGGGAUGAAACAAUUGUAGUAGGGUCCGUGUCCGAAGAUAGUCCGAAUUCUAGUGGCGUGCCCUCUCCCCCAGAUAUCUGCAUUGCUUGGAGCGGAAAUUGCUUACUAACGAAACGGUUUCAUUUGCUUCCGACGUGGAAAGGCACCGUUGAUCAAUAUACCAUUUCGGCUCCUUGUGUUGCAGCGGCGGCCUUUCAAGUUUGUCGUGCUCAAGGUGAUGCAUUGGAACCUCAGCUAGGGCUCGCAACAUAUGAUUCUAAGGAUUGAUGACUCGGAACGGGCCAGAGUUUCCGGUUUGGGUCGCCAUUCAAAGGGUCCAGGUCCCCGUUUUCCUUCAGCAUCUUGAGUUGGGUAUGGACCGUAUGGUCGCCGCUUGAUUGAACGGUGAUAGAAUUAUGUCUUCAUUGUUAACUUAAGUGUUAUAUGAUCGUCACUGUACCAGAAAUAACAGAUUUCGU